UCGUUAGCGGAUCGGAGAGCUUGCUGAUUUGUAACAGUUUUGGUUGUUUCCAUUCCAAAUUUGACUCUUGUUUUUCUUCCUGCAGCAUCUCUACAUUGCUAAGACACUGGAUACUGGUUUCUUUGUAGCAAGAAAGAGAUAAAUUCCUCUAAAACUCAGAAUGGGGAAGGAUUAUUAUUCUAUUCUGGGAAUUGAAAAAGGGGCUUCUGAAGAGGAUAUCAAAAAAGCUUACAGAAAGCAAGCCCUUAAAUGGCACCCGGAUAAGAACAAAUCUCCCCACGCAGAAGAAAAAUUCAAAGAGGUUGCAGAAGCUUAUGAAGUGCUGAGUGAUCCCAAGAAGAGAGACAUUUAUGAUCAGUUUGGGGAGGAAGGUCUAAAAGGAGGAGCUGGAGGACCUGAUGGGCAGGGUGGUACCUUUCGAUAUUCAUUCCAUGGUGACCCACAUGCUACGUUUGCAGCUUUCUUUGGUGGCUCAAAUCCUUUUGAGAUCUUCUUUGGAAGGAGGAUGCCUGGUGGCAGAGACACUGAAGACAUGGAAGUGGAUGGGGAUCCCUUUGGAUCCUUCACUAGUUUUAGUAUGAAUGGUUUUCCAAGAGAAAGGAAUACAGUUGGUAGCCAGUUACGUCGUAAACAAGAUCCCCCUGUCAUCCAUGAACUUAAAGUGUCAUUGGAAGAGAUAUACCAUGGCUGCACAAAAAGGAUGAGAAUUUCCCGUAAAAGGCUGAACCCAGAUGGUAGAAGUGUCCGAACAGAGGACAAAAUUCUCACUAUUGAGAUAAAAAGAGGAUGGAAGGAAGGCACCAAAAUUACUUUUCCAAAAGAAGGUGAUGAAACACCCAACACAAUUCCAGCUGACAUUGUUUUUAUCAUUAAAGAUAAACCUCACUCACACUUCAAGAGAGAUGGAUCAAAUAUAAUCUAUCCUGUUAAGAUCAGCUUAAGGGAGGCUUUGUGUGGCAGUUCAAUACACGUGCCGACAAUAGAAGGAAGAACCAUACCCAUGACAGUAAAUGAAGUUGUAAAGCCUGGAAUGAGGAGAAGAAUUAUAGGAUAUGGCUUACCAUUUCCCAAAAAUCCUGACCAACGUGGAGACUUAAUUAUAGAGUUUGAAGUAAUAUUCCCAGAUAACAUAUCUCCAGCAUCUAAAGAAGUACUUAGGCGAAAUCUUCCUGUUUCAUAAAAUGAAGACUGUAUAUGUCAAAACUAUUUAAACAGGACACUGAAGAUGCAGAAGACUGACAAGUCUGUGCUUUAAAAGUGCAAUCUGUAACAGCUAGUGGAAUAUUUGGUUUUUUUUUUUUUUGGUUUUGUUUUGUGGGAUGGGGGGGAGGGUUUACUGUAAUGCUGCAUGAGAAGAGGGUUAAGUACAAGUCAUACAGAUGACUUCUGCAGUAAAAUUUACAGGGAAAACCACUCUUAUUUUAGAUCUUCCUAAUCAGAAAAGUUUAUUCAGUAUUUUGCUUAAUGUAAAAUGUAACCAGUUUUUACAAAGUCAGUGCAUAUAUUUCUGAUAAAGUGCUUGAGCCUCCAAGUAAUUUAUUUCUUAUAACCCUACAAUAUUUAUGACUUUACACAUUUAUGCAGCAAUUGGAGUUCAUAAAGGAAAUAUACACAUAAUAUACACAAAUAUUUAAAGGAGAAAAUGUUACAGAUACCAUU